CCCCAUCUCUGACGGACACGGUCCUCUCACCCCACUCAACCCUCCCCCUUUAUAAAGGGAUUUUCCUCUUUUUAAUCCACCAGCCCACCGUCGCAACCUCACCACCAGGCGCACCGAUAGGGGAAGAGCCGCCUUUGCGCUUCACCCCCAUCCCCUGCGGGCAGACCCCGGGUGGGGGCUCGGCGCCCGGGCUCAGCCCCGACAUCGCCUUGGGGAUGGACGGCCGUGCCCAGGGAACUGCGGGGCAGAGCUGCGCCGGAGCCCAGCAGCCUUAAUGAAAUAGCGAUCAGAGAACCAGUCGGGACUCCAACAUGCCUUUCCAUGUGGAGGGGCUGGUGGCCAUAGCUGUGUUUUACCUGGCUAUCCUGGCAGUUGGGAUAUGGGCUGCUUGGAAAACCAAGAACACCGGCAGCGAUGGAGAUCGCAGCGAAGCUAUUAUUGUCGGCGGAAGAGACAUUGGCUUGCUUGUUGGUGGAUUUACAAUGACUGCCACAUGGGUUGGAGGAGGUUACAUCAAUGGGACAGCAGAAGCUGUGUAUGUCCCAGGCUACGGUCUAGCUUGGGCUCAGGCACCUAUUGGAUAUUCCCUUAGUCUGAUCUUAGGUGGUCUGUUUUUUGCGAAACCUAUGCGAUCCAAAGGCUAUGUGACAAUGCUAGACCCUUUCCAGCAGCUUUAUGGAAAAAGGAUGGGAGGGCUCCUGUUUAUUCCAGCUUUAAUGGGAGAAAUGUUUUGGGCUGCUGCCAUCUUCUCUGCCUUAGGUGCCACGAUAAGUGUGAUCAUUGACAUUAAUAUCAAUAUUUCAGUCAUUAUUUCUGCCCUGAUUGCAACUCUGUACACUCUUGUGGGUGGGCUUUAUUCCGUGGCCUACACUGAUGUAGUUCAAUUGUUCUGCAUCUUCCUUGGGCUGUGGAUCAGUGUACCCUUUGCGUUGUCCAAUCCUGCAGUGACAGACAUUGGUUUCACAGCUGUGCAUGAGGUGCACCAAGCGCCUUGGCUCGGAACUAUUGGCUCACUUAACAUUUGCACCUGGCUGGACAAUUUCCUUUUACUGACAUUUGGGGGGAUUCCAUGGCAAGCAUAUUUCCAGCGAGUUCUUUCCUCAUCUUCUGCCACAUAUGCUCAAGUUUUGUCAUUUCUGGCUGCUUUUGGCUGCCUUGUGAUGGCUAUUCCUGCAGUACUCAUCGGUGCAAUUGGAGCAUCCACCGCCUGGAACCAGACUGAAUAUGGUUUUCCUGACCCCAUUACUAAAAAAGAAGCGGAUAUGAUUUUACCAAUUGUGCUCCAGUAUCUUUGCCCAGUCUACAUCUCGUUCUUUGGCCUUGGUGCUGUAUCUGCUGCCGUCAUGUCAUCAGCUGACUCUUCAAUUUUAUCAGCAAGUUCUAUGUUUGCUCGGAACAUUUACCAGCUCUCAUUUCGGCAAAAUGCCUCAGACAGAGAAAUUGUAUGGGUCAUGAGAAUCACUGUUUUUCUCUUUGGAGCAUCAGCGACAGCAAUGGCACUGCUGGCAUCAUCAGUGUACGGCCUGUGGUACCUCAGCUCUGACCUUGUUUACAUCAUCAUAUUCCCUCAGCUCUUGUGUGUACUAUUUAUUAAAGGAACCAAUACCUACGGUGCCAUUGCAGGAUACUUAUUUGGCCUUGUUCUCAGAAUAACUGGAGGAGAACCAUACCUCUACCUUCAGCCCUUGAUCUACUAUCCUGGCUGCUAUCUUGAUGAAAAUAAUAUCUACGUCCAGCGAUUCCCAUUUAAGACACUUGCGAUGCUUACCUCCUUCUUUACUAACAUUAUAAUCUCCUACUUAGCCAAAUACUUAUUUGAGAGUGGGACUUUGCCACCAAAGCUGGAUUUCCUUGAUGCUGUGGUUGCAAGGUACAGUAGAGAACAUAUGGACAAAGCAACACUUGUAAAAAGUGACAAUAUUGUAUUAAACGAACUUGCACCUGUGAAUCCGCGACACAGUCUAACUUUGAGCUCAACUUUCACAAACAAGGAAGCCUUUAAUUAUGUUGAUUCAAGUCCAGAUCUGUCCAACACUGAAGAUAAUUAAAAAGCAUGGCACUCACAGACGAAGCAAUGCAAAACACAAUAUUCUACAAAGAAUAGUAAGAGGCAUUUUAUGGAAAGAAAAGCAAAAUUUAGGAAUGAAAUGCCACUGCACAAUCUCUAAUUGAUUCUACAAGCAGGAGCAUCCAUGGGCAGAACUCUUUCCUGUUAUUGUCCAGUAUAUUGAAUUAGAUCACAGAGUGUUUCCCGAAAGAUGCACUCAGAUCCCAUUCUUUCCACCCUCAACUGUAAACUAUGUAAUUAAAAAAUAUAUAUUUGCAAUUGAAAAUAUAAGUAGCAGAAAAGUGCAACAGCUAUUUAGGUAGGACAUUAUAUGAAGAGAUUAUAAUACAGUCAUUCUGAAGAACUACCAGCCGACAUUUUAUUGGCAUUAAGUGAAAGUACAUUGUCACAGCUGUAAGUGAUUUAUUUCUAAAGAUCUAACUUCUUGCACAAAGGCAGAUGGAUAAUUUCCCUGGGUUUUUGUUCUGGAAUUUUCCUUCUCAUAAAGGAUUUCAAAGAACACAAAUCUAGUAUUUUAUUAUUAUUUGUAUAAGACAGCAAAAUGUGCAAAAUUAUUUGUAGAUGUGCAGAAGAACAUCUUAUACUCUUAAAAGAAGUUCAAAUGAAAUCAGCAGUUAAAGUGAUGGUAUGCCUAAUGCAAGAUGUCCUUAUAAGCAAAGUAUAUUACUGUAGAUUUUCUUAUUUCCUGUGCUUAGUGGCUGUCACCAAGGGAGGAGGAUAAAAAUUUUAAAGCAAUAAUUGGAGUUGAGAAACUCAACUUGUGGGAAAAAAAAAAAAAAAAAAAAGGCUGAAGUUUUAUAAAGUAAAAAGAACUUUGCAGUGCUGUGGAAGGAAGUCUUAUCUUAAUUUAUCAUAAAAAAUGUCUGACACCAAGCAACCAUAGCAAUGGAAGAAAUACUGAAACAUGGGAGACUCAAGAAGGCUGCUUGAAAAAAAAACAAAUGGGGAAAAUAACCAGAUUUCACUUACUAAGAAAAUACAUUCUCAAAGACAACAAAAAGUCUUUUGGCUUGGACAUACUGAGAUUACUCUGGGAAAAGAGUAGAUUUUCCGUGGAAAAACACAUUUUCUCAAAAAUAUGAUUUCCCAUGAGUAAAGAGGCUUGGUGAAGAUCUUUGCAUGCCUGUAUUUACCUCCAGAAGCAGCAGCAGCUUGGAGGAAACCUGAAAGGAGGGUUGAACCCUCAAUUGUAGCAAAAUGCAUAGCAGUGUCUUCAGCUAAGUGCUGGAUUCCUUCAUUGACAGCCACUCACAUGGGCCAUCAUGGUGCCUCUGGGGCACCAGCAGCAUUCGGGCAAAAUGAGACCAUGCAUAAAUGAUAAUGCUGGCUAGAAGCAAAGCAGGGAAGUUUAAGCCUCUUCUAACUAUGGUCUGGCCAGCAAAGAGCAUUCAAUUUGGUUUCUGUUUGCCCACAGCCAAGAUGAUUAUGCCUGUCCUUGUUGGUACGUGCCUUUCACAGUGGGAGAUCUAAUAGCUAGAUUUCUAUACUACUAAGAGUUAUGCUCCAGUAAUUCUUUUUAAUAUCUACACAUCACAGAACAUUCAGAUGAAAUCCAGAUACUCUCCUGUUGCUGAUCACUGGUGAAAAUUACUUCUUUAAAUUUACAGCAGGAGGAACUAUACUGGAGGAUAUGAAGUGUAAGAGUAGGUUUUGCUGCUAAAGGAAGAAGCCAUCAACUUGUACAUUCAGUGUUAACAUAAACUUUCACAAGGUUGAAUUCUUAGAUAUGUUUUUGCUCCUUUUGUGGAGUUUUAAUGGCAUUUACAUAUACUGUAUGUAGAUAAAAUUAAUUUUAGAGAUGUUAUUUCUUUUCUCCAUACACUGCAUUAGAAAUAAUACUACAUCUGAGUUGAGAUAUGCAUUUGAACUGCAUACUGUGUACUACUCCACAAACAGGCAUUGAGUGUGCACUGGGUGGAGGGAAUCAGAAUCAGGAUCUGCACCAAACUCUGAAGAGUCAAUACAUAAAAAAAAGAAAAAAAAAAAAAAAAAAAAAA